UCACUACUCACUACUUGACACCAUUUACGUUGUUUUGGUUGUGAAGUUUGGUGUCUCUCGUUUGUAAAUAACCACAAAAUGGGUAAACUAAACGUAACUAUGAUGCGAUACCUCACUCCUGAGGACUUUCGAGUGUUGACCGCCAUUGAAAUGGGCAUGAAAAACCACGAGCUGGUGCCUGGGCCUUUGGUUGCCUCCAUCGCAAAUCUCCAACAUGGGGGAGUCCACAAACUCCUUCGUGAGUUGUGCAAACACAGACUAUUGACUUACGAAAGAGGCAAAAAAUACGAUGGUUACCGUCUAACUAACAGUGGAUAUGACUAUCUUGCUCUACACUCCCUUUUGAUGAGGAAUGUAAUUGCCUCAUUCGGGAACCAAAUAGGGGUUGGUAAGGAAAGUAAUAUCUUUAUAGUGGCUGACUCUGAAGGAAAAGAAUAUUGUUUGAAGCUGCAUAGGCUUGGCAGAGUGUGCUUUCGCAAGGUCGCGGAAAAACGAGACUACCACAAGCAUAGAAAGUCUGCGUCUUGGCUGUACCUUUCAAGGAUAUCGGCAACUAAGGAAUUCGCGUAUAUGACUGCUCUGUAUGAUAGGAAGUUUCCGGUGCCAAAGCCCAUUGACUUCAAUCGUCAUUGCGUAGUGAUGGAACUUAUUCGGGGGCAGUUGCUCAACCAUGUUAUGGAGGUGGAUAAUGUGGACUGUCUCUACGAUGAACUAAUGAACCUCAUAGUUCGUUUCGCUGAUUCUGGUGUAAUCCAUGGAGACAAAGAUGAUUCAGAUUGUUCCUCUGGAUACACAAUGGACAACUUUGAUUCGAGGAGUGUCAGAUCCAGUGUGACGACAAUACAUCCUGAUGAAAUAAAGAGGAGGGUACAAAAACAGAUCUUUGCAAAAAAUAAGAGAGCAACUGCAAAGAAAUGUGUUGCUAAAGGAGAAGCUAGUGCUGUGACAAGGAGUAGGAGGGAAAAUGCCAACACUAUCAAGCACAGCGGCGUUUGGGGUUUUGAUUGAUGUUUUUUUAUUUAUAGUUUCUAUUGUUUGGUUAAAUAUAACUUAAGUACA